AUGAUUGACCAGUACAAGUCCAGCCGCAAAUCGGAGAAGUCCAGUCGCAAAUUGGAGAAAAAGCGUUCCGACAAACCCCACAAGGUGAAGACCCACGAUCCGCUGAAGAAACAGAAGAAGCGGGCCCUGAAGAAACUCCGUCGCAAUGCCGCCACCGUGAACUUUCCCUACCAACUCUUCCUGUAUCGCCAGGAACUGAAGCGAUCCAGCGCGGAUUUCUCCUAUCUCCGGCUCUCGAAGGCCAAGAUAGUGCUAACCUCCCAGCUGAUCGCCAAGAGGAUGGGCAGCUGCAGUCCCAUGAGCAGUGUGGAGGAACUCAAGGAACUCAGCCGGGAGGUGCAGUUCCAGAAACGCCUCUGCCAUCAAGUGGAGCGCCUGCAGCAGUUCCGACAACUCGGCCUCACCGAGAUGAUCCUCAACGGCAAGAAGACGACCCUGUAA